AUGAAGUACUCUAUCUCUCUCAUGGCCCUCUUCGUCGCUGGCUCCAUUGCCAUUCCUGCCGCUACUACUCCGAAAUGCAAAGCUGGUGAACAGUUCAUUGAAUGCGGCACGGCUUGUCCUUUGACUUGCAAUGAGCCUGAGCCCCGACCAUGCACCAAGCAGUGCGUUCCUGGCUGCUUCUGCAAGGAGGGUACUAUUCGAAGCCAGGUGAGUUUGACCCGUCUCGGUGACGACUGUUACUAA